CGCAGCUUUCCGAUUCUGAUCAUCAUUGAUGCACUGCUGACAUAAAUCGCGUCACAAAAAGGUCGAACCUUAAAAUAGCGAUCCGCGCGAACUUGGUCAUUUAUCGACUGCUGUUACUGGUUUCUCUAUCUUACUCAUUCCCUCAUUACUGUAUUGCCAUGACAAAAGAUUCUCAAAAGACAUUCGGUCGCGCAAUGCGAUCCGAGUUUUUCCUUGAACCCGAAUACACACCAUUGAAUCAUGGUGCAUUCGGGGCCUGGCCACGCGCUUUGUUGCCUGUCUUGCAUAAAUACCAAAUGGAAGCAGAAAGUCAUCCUGACCGUUGGUUACGCCGCUGGCUGUAUCCUGAACUGGAUAGCAAUAGGCAACGACUGGCGGCGCUUAUUCACUGCCACCCUGAGGAAAUGUCUUUUAUUGCCAAUGCUUCUCACGGUCUUUGUUCUAUUCUACGAAGCUUUCCUUUCAAUAAAGGAGACAAAGUUUUAUGUUUUUCAACCGCUUUCAACGUGACGGAGCGUACUUUGACCUAUAUGAAGGACACGCAUCAUUGUCUCACGGUCACGGUUGAACUUGCCUAUCCACUCAGUGAUCAAGCUAUUCUGGAUAAAACAAGGUCAAUCAUUGAAGAAGAGCAAGCCAAAGACAAUGGUCGUAUCCGUCUAGCAGUUGUUGAUGCUAUUUCCUCUACACCUGGUGUCCGAUUCCCGUAUGAAGCGAUGGUUCGGUUACUAAGGGAGUACGACAUUAUGUCAUUCGUUGACGGCGCUCACACCAUUGGUCAUUUGCCGUUGAAUUUGCAUGAAACGGAUCCGGACUUUUUCAUUUCCACCUGUCACAAAUGGCUGUUUACACCACGCAGCUCGGCCAUACUUUACGUACCCAAACGUAACCAACAUCUCAUCCAGCCGCUUGUCAUCAACGAAUUUUAUCAAAGUCCUCAAGAAGCUGCCAACUCGGUAUGCAACUUUCAAGCGGCAUUCGAUUGGCCUGGUGCAAUUGACUUUAGCAAUUUUCUCUGCAUCAAUGCUGCGCUGGAUUACCGUGCUUCUCUCGGAGGAGAAGAAGCCAUCCAAGCUUAUUGUACCGAUCUAGCGCAAAAAGGCGGACAACGAGCGGCCGAGAUUUUGGGAACCCAGGUCAUGGAAAACGAGGAUCGCACUUUGUCGACAUGUAUGAUCAACGUGGAACUCCCGUUAUCCAAUGUAUCAAAAUCGGAUCACGAAAUCUCGCAGACCUUUGUGGAUAAAUUGAUGUACGACUACCACGCGCUGGUAACUGUCUACAAACACAAUCAUCGCUGGUGGGCUCGAUUCAGUGCGCAAGUGUAUAACGAAUUGGAUGAGUUUGAAGAUGUUGCAAAAGCGUUGGCAAAGAUUUGCAAAGAACUGGAAGCAUAAUUAGCAAUUUAUGGGAAGGCAAAAAAAAAAAUUCUUUGAACUGACAGUACCA